GGAGUUCACAUUGUACCUGCGGCCGAGGCGGCAUGCCAGCGGGCCUCGAGCGUCACGCGGUCGCCAGCGGAUCCAGGUGGAGUUACAGCAGGGGCCCUCCAGCGGUGAUCGGCGGGAUUGACACGGAACAGCCGGACAGCGCCUCUGGAGCAGUGGGGCUGGAAGUCCCGCUCGUCCAGGAGAUGGAACCGGUUGGUGAGCUGGAGUUCAACCUGCUAUUACAUCAAUCCUAAACUCCUGCAGGCCAUUGUCAAAAAUAAUCAGGGCAUGGAAGAUCUGCCUGUGGCAAAGACUCGGCUCCACCCAAGAGGAACCGGUUGAGAUGAAUAAACAACAUCAUCUAUCCUGACCCAGAGAACCAGCUGGUAGCAGUGAUGAGGGUAGCGUCAUCAAACCAUCAUCACUGCUACCAUCCUCACUGCUACCAUCUGACAUCUCCUCAGAGAGAAGCCGUUCCAGCCAUCAUAUAAAGAGUUCCCCCCCCUGCGAUGGAUCUCUUGAAUUGCUCCACUCCCAGAGAAACCCUGGAGAAGGUGUCGGCCUUGCUGGGCUGCAGCACCACCUCUAAAAUUGUGGCCUCAUACCUGGACAAGCAUGACGAGCUGAAGCAUCUCAGGAGGAAUUUUCAUGUGCCCAAAAUUGCAGACUUGCCUCCUUCUGAUCUUUCGCUGGUCGACGGCAGCAAGAAGUGCAUCUACCUGGUGGGGAACUCGCUGGGCCUUCAGCCCAAAAUGGCCCGGAAGUAUCUGGAGGAGGAGCUGGAUAAGUGGGCGAAAAUGGGUACUCAUGGUCACACAGAGGGCUCUCGACCAUGGGCGUGGGCUGAAAACCACUUAGAGGAGCUCAUGGCUAAUGUUGUUGGAGCUAAACCUGAAGAGGUGGCACUGAUGAACGGCCUGACGGUUAAUUUACAUCUUCUGAUGCUCUCCUUCUACAAACCAACAGCAGCUCGACACAAAGUCCUCCUGGAGGACAAAGCGUUUCCUUCAGACCACUACGCUGUGGAAUCUCAGAUCAGGCUGCGAGGAUUCGACCCUCAGCAGAGCAUGUUGCCGCUUUCACCCAGACCGGGAGAAGACACCCUGAGGACGGAGGACAUCCUGCAGGUGAUCGAGAAGGAGGGCGACUCCAUCGCCCUGGUGAUGUUCAGCGGAGUUCAGUACUACACCGGUCAGCUGUUCAACAUGGCCGCCAUCACGGAGGCUGGGCAGAGGAAGGGCUGUUUUGUAGGUUUCGACUGCGCUCACGCUGCCGGAAACGCCGAGCUGAAGCUGCAUGACUGGGGAGUGGACUUUGCCUGCUGGUGCUCCUACAAGUAUCUGAACUCGGGCGCCGGAGGCCUCGCUGGAGCGUUUGUCCACGAGAAGCAUAAAGACACCAUCCACCCAGCGCUGGUGGGAUGGUGGGGUCACGACCUGAAGACGCGGUUCCAGAUGAGUAACGUGUUGGAUCUGAUGCCCGGUGUGAGCGGCUUCAGACUCUCCAACCAGCCCAUCCUACUGGUCUGCCCCCUGCAGGCCAGUCUGCAGGUGUUUGCCAAGACCAGUAUGCAGGCGUUACGCAGGAAGUCCCUCCUCCUGACGGGUUACCUGGAGUACCUCAUCCGGCAUUACUACACCGAGGACCCCGCGCAGCCGGAGAAACCCCACGUCCACAUCAUCACGCCCACCGACCCUGAGCAGAGAGGCUGCCAGCUCUCGCUCUCCUUCUCGGUCCCCAUCGGCAAGGUGUUCAAGGAGCUGGAGAAGAGAGGAAUCGCAUUGGACAUGAGGGAGCCCAGCGUGCUGCGAAUCGCUCCGGUGCCGCUCUACAACACCUUCAGGGACGUCCACACCUUCAUACAGACACUGGGAUGUGCGCUCACCGCCAGCUGCCAGUGAACAGAGAGGACUGGACUGAAGUUUACUGUGAUAAUGAACUUGGACUGCUGCAAACUCACACAGGUAGAAGAAGAUGUGAAGGAAAACUGGAGUUAUUUUACAAUGUUGUCUGUGAAUGAGUAUUUCAAUGUGUAAUUGCUAUAUUUAAGUGUAAAAGUCCAUAUGUGGAUGGAGAGAGGCAGUGGAGACAUGUCAUAGUUAGUCAGGACAAUAUAGUGAGCUCACUGGCUAAUUAACCAAAAAACUAUUUUGAAAAUGACACAUUCUCUGCAUCAUCAGUCAGAACAUUCUACAUUUGAAAUCGACUGAGCAUGUUUUCACACAAAAAUAAAUAAAAAAUAUGAAGCAUUUGCUACAGCUUUCAAGUAUUUAGUUUUCUUUCAUUCAGUGUGAGUGCAAUGCAUGAUGGGAUACAUUAAAUAUUAAGGGGGGAAAUAAAUUUGUACUAAACAUUCAGUGAGAAUAAAAAGGCAAACUUCCAAUGCAGUGGGUGAUUUUAGACAUAACUAUUUGCUUUUGUCCAAUAUUUGUGAUUCAAAUGGUAAAAUCAGGACCCAAAAGCCGAAUUUGCUUCACUCAAAUAAAAUUUACAUUUUAAAUCAUAGUGUACAGCAAUAGUAGUAUAUGAUUUUUCAUGGACACGACAACUUGAUACCUUGGGUUAAAACACAAUUCCCUAGUGGUGAUAUUCAUCUUUGUAGUGAAGCAUCAGGACUCGAUACCCACAGAUCUUUCUUUGGGGUUGAACAAAAUCUGCUGAACCCCCCCUCCCCCCCCUCCACCUGACUGUACAUUACACACAUGAGUUAGCCGACAGUCCGCCCCUCACCAAUUAACAGCUACUUUAUUAUAACGUUGACUUGUCCCUAAUGUUCCCGCGCGUGUUUAUGCACUAUUACCUUGACGGAUGCCUAUUCCACGAUCAGACGUAUAAUUGGCAUAUCAAUAUGCAAAAACCUAAAUGGAUUAACCUUCUUUCAAACUAAUGAGCACUUGGCUAGCCAGCUGGGGAAUGGACCCAAAUUUGCAUUUGUCAUCUUUUAUUUUUGGUGAUGUGAGAAUAAAUAAUUGAAGAGA